AUGUGGCUGCAGAGAGCCCGGCGCAGCAUUGAGGGGUCCCCGGACUGGGGCCGCUUCACAGAGAGCCUGUUUGAAGCCGUGCAGCAGCAAUUGUGGGAGAGCCACGUCCACACCUUCCCGGACCUCUCGGAGACUGAGAAGGGGUUUGUCUUGCAGAAAGCUGUCAGAGCCAUCCAGGGAGGUGACUCUUACAAGAACCUGAUCUUGCACAUUAGUCGUUGCUUGGAGGAAGAGGUUUACCGUCAGAUCGCACAGGAGAUCCAGGAUGGAGACCACCGGGUGAAAAAUAAGUCAGCCAUGCUGCUGAGUCACCUCAAAGACGGGGUGAUGAUCUUACUGGAGGAGCGGCCACAACUGAAGGGACAGCUCCGUGCUCUGUUUAACCAGCCCUUGCCUGCUGAUUUGCGGCAGCUUGCCUGGAGGCUGCACCUCUCUCAUACAGAAGCAAGAUUGAGCUAUCUUUCCCAACUGGCAAGGAAAAAAACUACGUCUGUGAAAGACAGAGAGAUUUCUCUCAGAUGCCAGGCCUUGCUGGAUUCAGAGCCAACCUUCCAGUCCCUGAAAAAAAGCAAUGUUGCAUUUAGGUGCCUAAGGAAUGCAUUGUCUUAUUACCACAAGCUUCAGGGCAUGGCCACACCUCUGGAAAACCAAGAGUAUUUUCUGCCAGUGCCUCUCCUGCAAGCCAUUCUGGACUCGUCUCCCCCCAGCAUUUCUGUGGACUCGGUUUCUGCCCUCCUGGUGGAAGAAUUUGUAAAGCUCAUGAAGCUGCGGCCUCAUCUUCUUAGGCUCUCUCCUGUGCAGGAUCCUGCCCAGGCCAGCAUCAUGGCGGAAGUUGCUUCGUGGCUAGAGCGAAUAGACAGCCAUCUGGUGAUCUUCCUUGCUAGUGUCUACACCAGGGCAGAGGAAGACUCCAGCAAAACUCUCCUGAAAGGGCUGAGGUGUAUGCUCCAGCCAGCGAUCGAGACUCUCUUUGCAGGCUAUUUAAGUAUGGGGACUUUGCUGUUUAUCUGGGACCAGAUCAUCCUGGGGCUCGAGCAUCCGUCAUACAGCUGCAUCCCUGCCUUUGCCACCAUCUUAAUUCUGCUCCUCAGAGGCCAGCUGCUCGAGUGUCAAUCCCCGGUGGAAAUAGAAGCAGCACUGAAGAUCUGGGGACCAUCUUUGCCCGUAGAAGCCUUCCAGUACCUGAUAAGGAAAUAUUUCUAUGAAGAACUGCAUAAUCAGUUGCAUGGAGAGUACAAAGACCCCUACCCAAUCCAUGACCCCACCCAAACUUUUCCUCCAUGGAACUACGGGGAAAUCCGAAGCAAAGCAUCUUCCAGGACAAAACCAGAGGACAGGAGACGAAUAAGAGAGGAAAGAGAGAGUUUGCAGAGGCAGCAGAUGGAGAGAACUGUACAGGAAGAGAGACUUCAGAGGUUUAGAGAGGAAGAACAGAAAAGGCAAAAGGAAUUUCGGUGGCUGCAGCUUUUGGAAGAGACCAAGAGAAAAUCUGAAAUGGAGAAGAUCCACUUAGAAGAGCAAUUGCUACAGGAGAGACAAGUGAGCUAUGAAAUGCAAUCAAAGGCCGAGGAACAUAUUAGCCAGCUUCAGGCCGAGAUCAAAAUGCUGGUGGAGCGGAAGAUGCCGUCUUCCAGCGCCUAUUCUGCUGGCAGUCUCGUGGCCCCAGCACCUUCACCAGAGUCACAGACACCAUCACAGGCUGAUUUCUGCUUAUCGGAAACAGUAGUCGCUGAGAGCCACCACGCCACCGCUAGCAGAGGGAUGGAAGUGGCCACAAUCGUCAUGCUUGACUUGCUGACACAGGUGAUGGAGGCUGCCGAUGCAAUAGUUAACAGCUUCAGUGCAGAAGAGCGGGAGCACUUAGACGCAGUCACAGCUAAACAUCUUCACAACUACAACCAGGAUUGCAAAAAUGCAAAGAUGGAGUUGUUCGGCUAUGAAAUUAGCGAAGAAGAAAUCGAGGCUAUUCCAGAACCCAGAAGAAAGGAAGUGAGGAAGAAGCUAGAGGGGGCACUUAGAAGAGGGGCCGAAGCACGUUACAAGGCAGCUCAAGGAAGGAAUUUAUGAGAAUCCAUUUCCUACAGGAUCAGGUAGCUAUUACUGUACCUUUCGCAUAAGCAAGCUUUGCAAAAUUCGUACGCCUGGCCACUGAUCGGUCACUGAACCAAAUGGGCUAGAGCUUUCACUGAACUAGGAUGAACGUCACCAGCACGAUAAUCUGAGAAAUACUAUGAAUCUUCACUUUUGGUAAUCAAAACAUCUGAUGUUCUCUCCAAAACGUAGAGAAUCUCUACUUUUACUAGAAACCUCCUCUCGCACUCCUCCAGGUUUCAGAUUCUGUACAAGACAUACUCAACUUAUAUAUGCAGCCAUACAGGCCCUGCCAAAAAGCAUCUUUUGAAGCAACGGACACCUGGCAUCAUCAGCCGUCAAAACAAGUCACUUGUGAGAAACAGCUAUUGGUUAAAAGAUGUGUAAUUGUUUCACUCCAGGCCCAGACAGACAACUAGGGCAGGCCUCCUCUCAAGCAGCACCCAUGCAGGGAACUCCAUCCCUGAGCUACCUGCUACUCACCUUGUAUUAACAAGCCUAAAGCGUGUAAUUUAGUUUUUUAACUGUAUCAUGAAAUAAAGCAACUUUCAGUGGACGUCAGCUUUAAAGAUGUCUUAACCAUCAUAAAAUAG